AUGGGCUAUGAAAUUGAGAGAUAUACAGCGUAUGGAAAGGGCGGAAAAACUGAUGAUAAGGUGGAUGUGGGGCAGAAAAACGAGUUAAAUGCUCCGACAAAGGUGUUGGAAUCGAGCGGGUACAGAUUGAAUUUAACAAAUUCUAUUGGAACAACGUUUGAUAGCAAACAUGUAGACAUGGAAAUAAAGUUUGCAUCUAUGUCAAAUAACAAUGUUGUCGUCGCAACUUCAUCAGCAUUUUUUGUUUGGCAGUUUAAAAACUUCAAAAUAUUUUCUUCCAUUGAAAUAGGAAGCAAAAACAAAAGUGGAACAGAAAAUUGUUUGAUUAUACUGUCAAGAUUAUUGCACGUUGACGAUGUUGCUUCAGGAGUUGGUGGCGAAAAUAUUGAUUGGAAAAGGCUGUGUUCCGUUUUCUUUGUCUCGUUGUCUCUCGAAUCUUGCUUCUGCGUUGGUACCGAUCAGUUUGUAAAUGUGUCACAUGCCGUGUCACAUCCAUAA